AUGGUGCUCGACGCCAUGCGACGUCGUUUCGCAAUCCUGGCGCUGUUUGCCGUGGUGCUCUCUAAGGCGCGGGCUGUGAUGCCAGGAAGCAGCUCGGCCACUUCAGCGAUGGAGUCAGCGGGCAGCGCAGCGAAGCACUCAGUUGACUUCGAUGCUGCAAUGAAAUGGACCAAAGAUCCUGCCUAUGGCAUGGACGAGAGCCUGAAGAAGGAGCUCCUGGCGAGUAGAGUUGUUUGUGCACGACGUUGCUCCUGCUGACAUUGCGAGUGGUUGCGUUUCGUCGACUUUCCGGACCAAAGGAUCGAGAAAGACACGAAGCUAAGCAUUUCUGGCUCGACACUGGCCGUGAAUACCAACAGCGCACGAACAGAGCAGACACGCCGGCAGAGAUAGCCGAGAAGCGCCGCAGGAUCCAUAUGCUGCUUGAUAGCUCGCGUAUUCACAUUCCCGAUGAAGCGCGAGCGCACUUGACAGAGUACAAGGACGACCCAGGCGAUGGUGGAGUGAAAGAUCUGGAAAUCACCAACAAGAUCUGGAUGGACACCAAGUUGGAGAGAAUGAUGCAUCCGAAAGAUUACGCCCAUCUUACCCGACACUAUGCAGAUAUGUCUCGUAAGCACUCCUUGUUGUUUCCAUUCCAUCGCACCCGGCUGGUAAACUUGCCGCCAGGGGAAGAGGAGCGCUUGUCCGCGGAAGGAAAAGCGGAAUUGGAAAGACUUCGGAAGGAAGAUCCUCCAAAACCUAAAAGUGGAUUCAAGUACGAGUUUGAUGGACCCGACGUUCCUCCUUGGCAUCUGCGACCAGUCGAUGAGCGAGCAGAUCCUCCGAAAAUCAAGCGUCUUCGCACGUCCUCGGGUCUUCACAGAUUCAGUAAGCCGCGCGCCACGACUCGUCGUCGUACAGGCCGCGUCACCUAUCAAGCCCACUCCCCCUUGCGCUCCCCAUCGCCCGAGCCGCAGUCCCCUCCUGCAAGAACUGCUUCUCCUGAAAGCUCGAAGAUGUCUACUGGUCGUUCGUGA